GACCCUGAGUCUGACCUGGUUCGUGCUGCUCACCCUACCGUCACGCGUCUGCUAGCCACUGUUGUCACUGACCCGUCGUUUGAGUCUGCUGCUGCGUCUGCCUUAGUCUCUGAGCUUGUUGACUUUGCUGCUACCUGUCGUCUCGACUUCGCUGCUAGUCUUGUUGCUGAGUCUGAGUCUGUCUGUCCUCCAUCCGUCGGGGGUGAGUGUGCUCUUGGCACGGACGUCCUUAAGGACAGGCAAGAGGACUUUGAGUGUCUUGCAGCCGCUGCGCCUCAUCUCGUGGCCAUGCUGCUUGCCCCUGAGGGAGACCCGGAUGCUCCAGACAUCCCGACCCCGCGCUCUUACGCUGAGGCGAUCGCGGAUGAGUACUCCUCUCAGUGGCAGACAGCCAUGGACGCAGAGAUGGCAUCCUGGAAGUCCACAGGCACUUACGUCGACGCAGUUCCCCCUCCUGGGGCGAACGUAGUCGAUGGCAUGUGGAUUUUCAGGGUGAAGCAGCCGCCGGGUUCUCCGCUUGUCUUCAAGGCUCGUUAUGUUGCACGAGGCUUCAGUCAGCGACAGGGAGUUGACUUCUUCCAGACCUCUUCCCCACCCCGAAGAUGA